AUGUCCUACGGGCUCCUGGGGACGCUCCUGCUCCUCCUGCCAGAAAAUCCACCUCAAAGCUGCUCCCCUCCUGCAGGACCCACCUCAGCAGAGGGGAGACAUGUCCAGCAAAGCCCUGGGCAGCUCUGGGUGCUCCCUGAACAGACAGCGGAGCUGAGCUGUCGCGUCUUGGACCACAGCCAGUACGUGAACUGGUACAAGGAGAGGCCAGAUGGCAGUUUGUACUGGAUUUACCGGAACUUGAACUACCCCUCUCCGGGGGGAAAAUACUCUGGGAGGAGUGAAACACGGGGGAGUUUUUCCUUCACCAUCAGCUCCAUGCAGAGGGAGGAUUCCGGGGUUUAUUAUUGCAGCUCCUCCAACUUCUACACCCUCUUUGGGGAUGGGACCAGGCUUGUCGUCACCAAUGCCUCUGAGCCCAAGCUCUCCAUACUGGUGCCCAUCGAUGCGGAAGAGCCCGGGCAGCCCCUGGCCAGCAUCCCCCUGCUCUGCCACCUCCACGACCUCCCUCCGGGCUGGGACACCGUGCGCUGGCAGCCCGGUGGGGAGGUGACACCAGUGACAGCGGCCACCAUGGACAAGCAUGGCGUCCUCAGCGCCUGGAGCAUCACCUGGGUCUUGGCCAAGCAGUGGGACGGGGCUGUGGCAUGCAUGGCCCUGGAGAACAGCACGGGCAAGACCAUCAUUGUUGCUAUCACUAAGGGACCCAGGGAGGACGGCAUCUGGCCAGAGGUGACACCCCCCCCCCGCACCCCUCACAGCCCCUUCGCCCCGGCUCUCUCCUCACCUCCUCCAGCCACCCACACGUACACCCGGGAGAACCACCCAGGAGAUGGAUCCAUGCCAGCGAGGCCCCUGCCCCGCUCAGCCAAAACCCCUGACCGCAAAUGCAUUAAAACCCAAGAGAAAUGGGAAAAUUCUGAGCUGGGUCUAAUUAAGGCAGGAAGAAAUAAAGGACAACACUUGGAAAACGAGCGUCUUGGAGCCGUGAUUCUGGGACAGGCCACCCAGCAUCACCUCCUGCAGCAUCCCAUGGCUGGUGACAGCAAGGACUGGUUGCAGCACCUGUCUCAGCCUAAAAUUGGUGGUGGGACAGCACGGGGUUAUAAAUCCCUCAUGUUUCAGCCGUGCCGAGAGCCCCCAGGAGCUGCGCGUGAGGACGAUGCCCAGAGGAAGAGUGAGCUGCCGCCCUGA